AUGUCAUAUCAGUCGAGUGUAGCGCAAGACUCGCUGGCUGCAGCACAGUUAGAGAUGGCCGGUAACCCUAAUACUUUGGCGCUUCGUCGACCAUUCGACCCUGUAGCUCACGACUUGGAAGCAAGUUUUCGACUUACAAGAUUCGCCGAUCUCAAGGGAAGAAGUUGUAAAGUACCGCAAGAUGUAUUGUCUAAACUUGUCGAGUCACUGCAGCAAGACUAUUCCCAACAAGAUGACCAAUUUAUGCAUGUGGCGAUUCCACGCAUUGGAAUUGGUUUGGAUUGCUCAGUUACUCCGCUCCGCCACGGAGGAUUGUGUUUGGUUCAAACUACAGACUUCUUUUAUCCAUUAGUUGACGACCCCUACAUGAUGGGGAAAAUAGCUUGUGCCAAUGUCCUUAGUGAUUUGUAUGCUAUGGGUGUAACUGAAUGUGACAAUAUGUUAAUGCUAUUGGGUGUCUCUACUAAAAUGACUGAAAAAGAGCGGGAUGUUGUUAUCCCUCUUAUCAUGCGUGGCUUCAAAGAUUCUGCUUUGGAAGCAGGAACAUCUGUUACUGGAGGUCAAACCGUUAUCAACCCAUGGUGUACUAUUGGAGGGGUAGCAACCACUAUCUGCCAGCCCAAUGAAUAUAUAGUACCAGACAAUGCAGUCAUGGGAGAUGUACUUGUUCUUACUAAACCUCUUGGAACUCAAGUUGCAGUAAAUGCCCACCAAUGGCUAGACCAACCUGAACGUUGGAAUAGAAUUAAACUGGUAGUAUCUGAAGAAGAUGUUCGAAAAGCAUAUCAUCGUGCAAUGGAUUCUAUGAGCAGGCUCAAUAGAAUUGCUGCUCGCCUUAUGCAUAAGUAUAAUGCUCAUGGAUCUACCGAUGUGACUGGAUUUGGUUUGCUUGGUCAUGCUCAAAACCUUGCUUCACACCAGAAAAAUGAAGUUUCAUUUGUUAUUCAUAACCUUCCUGUGAUUGCUAAAAUGGCAGCAGUUGCCAAAGCUUGUGGCAAUAUGUUUCAGUUGUUACAAGGCCAUGCACCUGAAACUUCUGGUGGACUUCUUAUCUGCUUACCAAGAGAACAGGCCGCAGCUUACUGUAAAGAUAUUGAGAAACAGGAAGGUUACCAAGCCUGGAUAAUUGGCAUUGUAGAAAAGGGUAACCGCACAGCUAGAAUUAUUGACAAACCACGAGUGAUUGAGGUUCCAGCUAAAGAUUAG